AUGGAAAAUAUCGAAAACAAUGAAAUAAAUAAAGAUAAUAACAUUGAAAAUAAUAUAGAUGAUAAAGAUGAAAAUAGUAAUAGUGAUAAUUUAAAUAAUAAUACAGAAAAUAAUAAUACAGAAAAUGAUAGUGAUAAUUUAAAUAAUAAUAAUAAUAAUAAUAAUAAAAGAAAAUUAUCAACAUUAUAUACAGAUGAUAAAGAGAAUCCAAUUAAAAAAGUUUAUUUAAGAUAUCAUCAAGAUAAAAGUAAUUUGGUUACAGUUGAAGAUCCAAAUAAUGUUGAAGAUAGUUUUACAAUUAAUAAGAAAUUUAUUCAAGAGGAUGGAAGUAUUUUAUCAAAAAGUCAGUAUAAGAAAAAGAUUGAAGAUUUUAAUAGAAAGAAAAAGAUUGAAAAUAGAAAAGCAAAAAAACAACAAAAACGUGAAGAUACUCAUAAAAAGAAUGAAGUUGAUGGUAAUAUUACAAAAGAGUUAUUAGGCGAAACCAAUUUUUAUUAUAAAGAUUCACUCAGACAUAUUGAGCCUUAUCAAUUUACAUUUAAAGUUUUUGCAAAAGAAAGAUGGUUUGGCCAAACAGUUUUAGAUAUGUUUACAACAGAGUUUUCAACCAAUUCAAGAGAUGUUUAUUUAAGAAAGAUUAAAAGAGGUUUAAUUAAAGUCAAUGAUAAGAUGGUUUCACCAGAUUUCAAAAUCAAAUUGAACGAUAUUAUUUUACAUAGUGUUCAUAGACAUGAACCACCAGUAACUGGUGAUAAAAUUAAAAUUGUGGCAAUGGACGAUCAAGUUGUAGUUAUAGAUAAACCAUCAUCAAUUCCAGUUCAUCCAUGUGGAAGAUUCCGUCAUAACUGUGUAUUAUUUAUAUUGGCCGCAGAACAUGGCAUUAACGAAUUAUAUGGUGUCCAUCGUUUAGAUCGUUUAACUUCAGGUUUAUUAAUGUUGGCUCGUACUCCAGAUGCUGCUAAAAAGAGGGCUUCACAAAUUCAAUCUGGUGAUGUAUCAAAACAAUAUUUUGCAAAAGUGGUUGGUAAAUUCCCAAUAGGUACAGAUUUACCUGAUGGUACAGUCAUUGUUAAUCAACCAAUUGUAAUUCAAAAUAUGCGUUUAGGUAUAAACCAUGUAGGUGAAGGUGGUAAACCUUCUGUUACCCAUUUCAAAUUAUACUCUUAUGACGAAAAAUCAAAUCAAUCAAUUGUUUUAUGCUCCCCAAAAACUGGUAGAACCCAUCAAAUUAGAGUACACUUAAAAUGGUUAGGUUACCCAAUCACAAAUGAUCCAUUAUAUAAUAAUGACUUUAGAGAUUCUUUUAAAGCUUUAACAAGUGAUGGCACAAGUUAUUUAUUUGAUGAAGAAAAUGAAGAUAAAGAAAAUAAAGAAAAUAAAGAAAAUAAAAACAAUGGUGAAAUAAUUUCAAAUGUAACAAAAGAAGAAUUGGAAUUUAUAGAUGAUGCAUCAGUACCAAUUAAAUGUAAUGACUGUUCAAUAGUAUGGUCCGAUAAUAAAAAAUUUUCAUUUGGUAUUUAUUUACAUGCUUUAUCUUAUGAAUCCUCAAAUUGGUCUUAUAAAACUGAUUUGCCAGAAUGGGUUAAAGAUGUAUCAAAUUAA